ACGGGAUGCGCAGUGCUGGGCCCGCGCUAGGUACAUGGGUGCUGCUGUGAUCCCGGUUCACCGGGAGGGAAAGCGUCUGACCUGCCCGGGUCGUGCGUCUCCUCGGGGGCCGGGUUGGUCUCCAUCCCGGGACAGCUGAUACCGCAGCCUCUGUGCUCUGCCGGGAGCCCCACGUCCAUCCACGCUCGCUGCGCCUGUGCCCUUCAGGCGAAAACUGUGUUUGUGGACGUUGGAGGGGUCGGCCCAAGGGAGUGUGGCGGCUCCCCAGCAUCUCUCCAGCCCCCGUGGAAGGACACGGGUCCCCCCAACCCCGCUCCCGCACUUUACAGUUAGCCGUUCCCUGGUGACUCAUCUGGCAAGAUGCUGUGUCAGGCUGUAGAAGAUGUCAAUGUUACUUUCGAAGAUCAGCAAAAAAUAAACAAAUUUGCUCGAAAUACGAGUCGAGUCACAGAGCUAAAGGAGGAGAUAGAAGUAAAGAAGAAACACCUCCAGAAUUUAGAAGACGCUUGCGAUGACAUCAUGCUAGCAGAUGACGACUGCUUAAUGAUCCCAUACCAGAUUGGAGACGUUUUCAUUAGCCACUCUCAAGAGGAAACCCAGGAAAUGUUAGAAGAAGCAAAGAAAACUUUGCAAGAAGAGAUUGACGCCUUAGAAUCCAGAGUGGCAUCCAUCCAGCGGGUAUUAGCUGACUUGAAAGUACAGUUAUACGCAAAAUUUGGCAGCAACAUAAACCUUGAGGCGGAUGAAAGCUAAACAUUUUCUAAUACUUUUUUUUACCUUGUUUAAUAAACUUGAAUAUUGUCUUAAAUAAUAAUUUCCCUUCUUCAAAUGAAACGAAAGGAAAGCAUUCUUUUUUUAAAUUUUUCAUUUAAUUAAUGGAAACUUGCCUAUUUUCACAUGUCUUGCUUAUUUAUUUUAUAUUUUUGAAAGAAGACAGUAUUCAUGUAUGUAUUUUGCAUAAUGAUUAUAUCAAUUUUAGGGGCUUUAUGUCAUGUUAUUAAAAUCAGUUAAACGGUCUUUGUUUCUG